AUGGCCACGGGCCCAAAUACGGAUGGCAUGUCCGCCUUCUCCGUCGACGGUCGCCUCGAAACGGACAACGGCGUUUCCGUCCUCACCCACACCUCGCUUGAUACGACCCAUAUCAUCGCAUCGGUCGGUGAUGCUGGCGCGGGCGCCACAGCCGUCUUCAUCGGCACGACGCGCGAUUCAUUCAAAGGGAAGGUGGUCACCAGGCUCGACUACCAGGCGUACACAAAGCUCGCACUCAAGACAAUGGACGAUAUCUUAGCCGCAACGCGCAGAUCCAUCCCUGUGCUACACACCGCUGUGUAUCAUCGCCUUGGCACCGUACCCGUCGGCGAGCCAUCCAUCGUCAUCGCCGUAUCAUCCCCGCAUAGAAAAGAGGCUUUCGAUGCCUGUGAGAUGGUCCUGGAGGAUGUCAAGGCGCGAGCACAGAUAUGGAAGCGCGAGUUCUAUGAGGACGAACCAGACGAUGCGGCGGAGUGGAAAGAGAAUCACUAG